AUGAUAGCCCAUCUAGUUUUUGGUCUGCUCCAUAUCGUCGGUUUGACUUCGGCAGUGACUCAAGCGGAUAUCCAAAGUUACCUAAAAGAUCAUCUGUCCUCCAAUUCGGAAGUCCUCCUUCCCAGCGAUCCAUCCUACGAGACAGAGCUUACAGAAAGAUGGAACGCGUAUAAGGCUCCAACUUACGUUGUAGGUGUGAAACCUGCUACAGUAGAAGACGUUUCAAUCAUCAUCCGUUAUGCCUCAACGAACAGCAUCCCAUUCAUGGGUACAGGUGGCGGUCAUGGUUACACUGUAACCACCAGUGCCCUGGAGAAUGGAAUCAACAUAGACCUCAGUGCCUUUGAUGGCGUCUCUAUAAAUACUGCAGCAAGCACGAUGACGAUAGGCGGUGCAGUCACCUUUAAAGAUGUCUUGGACCCUGUUCAUGCGGCUGGAAAAGAAAUCCAGACCGGAUCUUGUUCAUGUGUGGGAAUGGUUGGCGCGACCCUGGGCGGCGGUAUUGGCGUCUAUCAAGGUCUUCACGGCUUGAUCAUAGAUGCGCUUGAGUCAGUUACUAUCGUGACUGGGAAGGGCGACAUUGUCAAUGCAUCGCUCGUUGAAAAUAGCGAUUUAUUCUGGGGCAUUAGGGGCGCCGGACAGAACUUUGGUAUCGUAACCUCUGCCACCUACAACUUACACGAUCAGACCAACGGCGGUAAUGCCUUGAACGGCGAUUUCCUCUUCCCGCUCGGCGAGAAUUCGACCAUUUUCAAUAUUCUCAAAUCAUUCGCUGGGAAUCAGCCAGAUGCUUUGUCUCUCACCAGCGCCAUACAAUACUCGAGUAGCUUCGGAACGGUUGUCAUAAUGGUCAAUGCCGUAUACGUAGGCACGGAGGAGGACGGAAGAAAGCUCCUCCAGCCAUUGCUCUCAACCAAGCAUCUCGAGUCCAACGUGACCAUGAUUCCGUACAACCGCCUCAUCCUGGAAAAUCGCUUUGGAGCGGACCCUCUCGGCUGUAUUGCAGGCCUGAAUCAAGCGGCUUACGGCCUGAAUCUAUACCAUUACGAUGUGGCAACCUAUCAGGCGACUCUUGCUGCAUACGUCGAUUUUUAUGCCGCGACCGGGCUAACAACAUCGUACAUGGUUACGGAGAUGUUCCCAACCAAGGUCACCCUCGAGACACCCGACGACAUGACAGCGUAUCCUUACCGUGGCACAAUGGCAUAUCUGUUCUUCAGCUUUAGUGGCUUCACAACUAACGCUCAAAUCUCUGCUAUUGCUGCUUUUGCCGAAGACAGACGUGCAGCAUUUGCGAAGCUCAACAGUGCGAAGGGACUGCAAGUCUACGUUAACUAUGCACAUGGUGACGAGGGCCGUAAUGCUUGGUAUACUGCAGAGAAACUCCCAAGUCUCGAGUAUCUCAAGGGACAGUGGGAUCCGCAAAAUUUGUUUAACUUUACAAACGGUCUUACUUACUAA